UACAAAGAGCAUGAGACAGAGAAAUCUCCCACAACCUUAAGCACCUGACACUGAGAGGUGCAGCUAUUGACCUGUGCACUACUGACCGGUUUUCUAUAUAAACUCAAAUGAAUUGUGCUCGUCUACCUGGAUACAGGAUACUUCGAGCAGACUUGGAUCUCACCAGGAACCUUCUCAACAUUCCCAAUAGACUUUCGAUUGUGUACUCAUUCGGAUCUGAAUUGGUCAAAAGGGCGGUUUUUCUUUUUAACGUUUAGCUUCUCUUGGAAGUAUUGACUUCUCUAAAUCCAUUCAUACAGUUAGAGUUGGGGAAGAAAAGCAGAAUUUUUUACAGAAGGGUGACUUUAAUCUGAGGAGUGUUUCCCAUCUACAAAGAAGAUUAUCUCUUUUUGUUGGGAUUAUUUGGGCAAAGAUACACACUUGCAGAGAUGGCCGAGUUCCCAUCCAAGGUGACCACAGAGACCAGUGCACCCCAGUCAGACGGCGGCCAACAGGGGGGAAACAGUCUGCGGGGGUUGGCUGCUGGCGUAACCAUUAGGAUGGACCUGUCCUUUAUCAGAAGCAUCCCUGCUAUUCUCAUGCUGGUGGAAAUAGUGUCAGGCCUGCUCCAGUGGACGCUGAUAGCCAGCGCCUACAUUUGGGCACUGUCAGUGUACGGCUGGGUGAUGUUCGUGGCCGUCACCCUGUGGCUACUCACCAGCCUGCUCUUCUGCCUGAUCCUCUUUGGGUUCCAGAGUAAACUCGUCUCCGUGCCCUGGCCCCUGACGGUGAUGUUGUACCACGCUGUAGCCGCUAUUCUGUGCCUGACGGCGUUCCUGGCCAAUGCAGCGUCGGUCUACCCAUAUCGAUUUCACGUUUACACUCAUGGACAUUUUGGAGCCGCUGCAUUCUUUGGGGCGGUGACUACCGUAGCCUAUGGCGCUAGCGCUUACUUCUCCUACCUGGACUGGAGGGGAAACAGUGGAAAUGCCGCAUCAGGCACUGGGGCCUCAUAGAACCCAAGACACACCCUCUAUCUCCUAAAGGAAAAACGAUCUAAAGCCUGACUGGUUUCUGGGGGAACCUUAGCUGGAAGGGUGAAGGCCUAAGUCCUUUUACACACAUUUCCAUAACCAUUACAUACAGCUCUGAUCAUUUGUAUUGGAAAAAUAAAAAUAAAAAAGUGCCUGGCAUGCAUUGAAAUGCAUCCUAUUUAAAAUAAAUCUAGCUAUACAUCCCAUUUAAAGUUUUAAACUACGCAACUGUUUACAAAUGGAAAGGCUCAAUGAAGUGAGUACAAAGCAUUCAUCGGCAUAUAUGUAUAAUAAUACACCUUGCUUAACCUCGCUUAUGCUCAGACCAUACAUCACAAAUGAAAAGGAAACUCUUAACAAUAAGGUUACAUUAACUACAAUACCAUUAAUUAAUAUUAGUUAAAGCAGUAAUGAGCAUUAUUAUAUAGCUUUAGCAUAGGGGUGUCGGUCAGGGUUAACCCUAGCCAAAUUAAAUAUCCAUGAACACCUUUGUCAACAUGAACACUAUUAUUAAACCUGACAUACAUUAAAUCUUAAUUAACUGGUAAUGCUUCUAACAGCAUUAAUUUAAGUUAAUGGUUAAUUAAUGUACCCUUAUUGUGUAGAGUUACCAAUUAAAAUAACAAUCUGUACAGCAGUUUACAUAAUGAACAAUGAUUCUAGAUGUUUAUUCUGUGGUUCUGUACAUUAUCAAAGUAUUUCAAGGCAAAAAUAAAACCUUUUUUAUUGAUAUUAUUGCACAUACUUUUAUUUAGUUUUGUGCCUAAUGAGCCAAAAUAUGUCUUGUUCGUUUAGAUUCCAAUAAAAUGUAGUGGUGCCUGUGGAUGUAAUGGCACUCUCACUGUGUGUAUACACAUUGAGAGUGACAGUACUCUUACUUACUGUGCAUAACAAGGAAUGAUUUGUACAUGAUUAUUUGAAAGACAUCUUUAUUUAAAAAAACGUGUACAAAUAAUAAAGAUCUAUAUGAACAACAUGCAUCUUACUAUUUCAUUAUCUAUGUUGAUGUGUAAGCCACGUUUUUAUCUUAAACAAACUAAGUAUAUUUCCAACACUUUCUGAUCAAUCCACUCAUGCAUGUGAAUAUCAAAUCAAACAUUACAUCCACAGGCACCACAUUUGACACUUCAUGAUAACUCACAUUCCAGCGAGCAUUUCCCAUGAGCACAGGAUUUUGGUUUUUCUGGUUGCAGUAUAUCAUUAUACUUACCAUUAGUUUGAUUAUUAUGAUGGCCUACAGGAUUAGCGUUCGCAUUCAAAUCUUUGCUCACACUACAUGAUUAUCCAUAAAGGUUGCAGUUCUCAACCAAUAGAAAAACUAUGAGAAGGGCUCGAAAAAUAUAACCUAGCUUAGACUUUACUUGCUGACACUUGCAAUCACAUAGGGUGCGGACUUGUCCCGGAAAUGUGUGUGUGCAUAUGCGUGUGUAUAUGUGUGUGCGUAUGCGGGCACGCGUAAAAUAUAUAGAAGUCAUUAUAUUUUGUACCUGUUGUAAGUU